AUGGCCGUUCGUCUCGUAUUGUUCCUUGUGAUGAUCGGUUUCGUUCAGAGCAACAUCCACUAUCUUACGUGCGUGUUCUGUGAACUUUCCAUCAAAGGAUUUGACAAGGUGACCAAACCCACCCCCAUCGAAAAAUUGCGAGCAAUGUUCAGUCAGUGCGAUUAUUUGGGCUUAGCGAGAGUGGGAUGCGUCGCAUUCGUCAAGGAAAACGUGAAUCAAAUUCUCUUCUUGGAAAGAAAUGGUGUACCAAGAGCUGAGUUAUGCGUCAAGUUGCUUCAAUGCAGUGCAUGA